ACAUAUAUGAUUACAGGUCUAAAGGUCAAUCGCAGCUAUGAAUACAUUAAUUAUGAAAUAUGACUUUAUGGAAAUUACUGUUAUUGUCGCCCAGUAUGUCACAAUUUACCAACGGGGAAAAUACUGUGAGUUAUGAAGUGUAAACGGACUGUCAGUUUGAAAUGUAAUAUUACAGUCAUAUGUAAAUAUAAACUUCCGUUGAAACAAAAAAGAAUGCUAUGUUAAACAUGAAUUAAAAUGUUUAAUGCAAUGUCUUUAUCACGGACAAGGUAAAUUCUCACAAUCAUAUUCUGUCCGAGAUUGUGUGUUACUAUUUUUGGAUGCUUCCAGUUUUGGAGUAGUGCAACACCAUAAAAAGGAGGUUGUUUGCAAGACUGUCUUUUCUAUGACAAGAACAGAUAAACAGUAUGAGAAGAGGGACCAUCAAGAGGUCAAAACAGUUGCUUUCUGUGCUGCUUUUUAUAUUGGCAUUUACCUUGAUGACCCAAGAGCAAAUAAUGACGUAUAUAAGUGAAGGCAUGGCAAAAAAUGCGGAUAUAUUAAGGGAUGGUAAAUCAAGGUAUGAUCCUAUCAGAAGAAAUGCAAGUGCACUAGUUUAUGACAGAAUGGUUCUAAAUUUAACAGUUUCCUCAUACCAGGACACAAUAGCACCGUCGUCAACAACAACGACAACUACAACUUCUACUACAACUGAGUCUAGGAAGUAUAAAACGAAUGGGGAGAGAAAUGCAGCACGGACCAUUGAAGUUUGUAAAAAAUAUCAGAAUUUCAAAGAUAAAGAAUUUCCUAUCACUGUAAGAUUUAACAGAAAUAAAUCUUUACUGUUUUGUCCUAUAUAUAAAGUCGGCACCACGUUUUGGAGACGUGUUCUUAUGAUAGAGAGGGAAAGAAAAUAUUCGAAACUUGUCAAUCCAUAUGACCUACCAUUUGACAGAGAAUAUCCUUCAACAAAAUUGAUUUGGAGGGAAAAUGCAACUCAAGGAGUUUACAAAGUAUUAUUUACUCGUGAUCCUUUUAACAGAUUAUUCUCUUUCUUUGUUGAUAAAAUGCUUGCACCGAAUCCUUAUUUCUGGAAAAGUGUCGGGGUGAAGGUCGCUAUCCUAACUAGAGGAAUUAAAAUGGAAAAUUUUAGAUCUGUUUGUGGCCAUGAUAUAUCAUUCUCAGAAUUUAUAAAGUAUGUUAUAUACACCCUAGAAACAAGAAGAAAUAUUGAUCCACACUGGGUUGAAAUGAACAAAAAUUGUCAUCCGUGUGAAAUUAAGUAUAACUUUGUCGGUAAAAUGGAAGAAUUUCAAGAAGAUUCUACUCAGAUUCUUACUAAACUUGGACUAACAAAGAUGGUUUUAUUCCUUAAUACCAGUGGAAAAGAUGCAGCAGUUGAUGAUGCAAUUAAAGAUACAUUGAAUCAGCCAUUUUCAUUUCAUACUAAGUAUAAAUCGUGUGUUUCGUUCAAAGAUGCGUUACUGCGUGCGUGGAAGAAGUUACAGAUAAGAGGUCUGAUCGGAAACGACACACUGGACGUGAGACAAAUAAAUGAAACGACCACGAGACUUAAUGACAUGAUAAAGCGUGCACAUUUAUCAAGACAUAUGUCAUCAUCAAUCAUGCGUAAACAAAUUAAAGACGAAAUGUACAGGAAAUUUUGGAGCACAGUGCCUAGAGGGGAUAUUCUAAAACUUCAAAAACUUUAUGCUGUAGAUUUUGAACUUUUUGGUUAUGAAAACUAUCCGGAUAUACCACCUGCAUUUCAUUCAAGAGAAGCAUUAGAGUGACUUGGUUUUCUUUCAAAUGUAUAACUUAAUUAAAAGAAAUCACAUAUAUUAUUCCAUUUAAAAGUAACAGAUGUCUAAUUUCUGUUAUCGGCACAGUUAUUUAAGAAAUAAUAUAUCCCAAACAGUGAUUUUAUCGCUCAAUAAUAUCACUGUUUUGAGUUCGGAUACGACGAAUUAUAUCACGAGGGCGUAGCCCGAGUGAUAUAAUGAUGCGCAUCCGAACGACAAACAGUGAUUCUAACACGACAUCAAAAGUAACAGAUGGCUAACUUCUGUUAUCGGCAACGUUAUUGGGUAAUUAUAAAUUUGGUUGUUUGAAUACGUUUUACGUUAUACCGAUACAGUAAGGUAAUUAUACGUAAAUGACAUGACCCAUUCACAGAAAUAAAUGUGUUGAAAGUACUUGUACAUCUUUUUUAACUGACGGCACGAGUAUGAUCAAUGCAGAGCUAAGGUAGAUUAGUUUUAUUUCAGCCAACUUCUUUCCGCGCAUCUUGACAAGUUCACGGAAACUUCAUUAAAACUAAUAUGUUCACGAUAGAAAAUACCAAAUUUAGCUGAAAACAAGAUCUUCUUCUAAUACUUUUGAACUUGUAAAGGCACAGCGUUAUGUAGGAUCUGAUUUUACAGAUUGGAAAAGUCUUAACAGGGUUUUUCAAGAUCAAAUAUGCAAAGAGAAAAUUAAGUGAUGCUCAACCUGAACAAGAAUAAAUAGGGCCUUAAAUGAACUGUCAUCAAAUUGAAACAAUAAAACAUUGAUCUGGAUUUAGAAUUUCAGUAUUCCAAAAGCAAAAAUUUGCUGUACUUAUGAUACUUUGAUUUUAGAUAAGUGAAGUUCGAAAUGAUCGUUGACGCGGCGUGAAAACGCAGUGGUAUAAAAGUAUGCUCCUCUUUUUUGUUCCCUGUAAUUGCGUAAUCUCACACAGUAGAAAUAUGAUUUUAUAGUAAAAUUAGUCAUUAAUCGUACAUGUUUUUACUUUUCUUAAAAUAUUAGUACAUCCCUCUCAAGUUUAAUGAAAUAAUUUAGCUCAUCUAGAGGCUUGCAGCAUUGCAGAAAAUUCAAUGAAAUGUUAGAAGAGUGCAUUUAAUAUCACUUUAUGUAAUUUUAUUUAGAAUAAACGUUAUGCUACAGGAUAGAUCUGUAGCUCAAUUACUUGCGCAUAUUACACACAAACAAAAUGGGUUUUGCGGUUGAAUGAUUUUGGCCAAGUUAUGGCCCUUGAACUAAAAAGUUUUGUGUGUUUGUGUGUGUGUGUGUUGUGGGCUACACAGAAGCUUGUCCGGACUUCUUCUCAGAAACCUUAUCUUUAAACUUAAUGAUCAGUAUCAAGUAAAGUUUUGCAUAUCCUCGGCUUUUUAUGGUUCAACGAUUUUUUUCUUUUUAUUUUAUAAUGUAGAAACAUAGAUACACGAAUGAAAAGAAUAUGUGUGUUUAUUUAAUUAGGAGUGAAAGGCGCAUGUCCGAAAUGGUGACAAAACGGUUAAACCCUACCUUAAAUAGCAGCAUAAUCUCUGGUUCCGGAACAUUUUAUGCUAUUAGAGUAUAAUAUUCAUGUAUGUGCAAGAGACUCCUUUGAGUUUUUUUUAUCACAAGACGGGACUGGAUAUAAUUUUUCGAGAUUAAUGUUCAAUUUGAUGUUAAUUUAGACCAGUAACUUGUGUGUAAAAUUUCAGAUCAUUCGCUCACUCAGUUUUCUAAAAUGAUUGCACUAAUUGUGAAAAAUGACCCAAAUUUAAAAAGGGUUGUACACAAAUCGGCUUAGAAUAGCGCAAGUUAUUAUUGAGUAUAUUUCUUAAGUAUCUGUUCCAUAUUUUUUUAUCUUUUAAGUGUUCCUGUUAAUCUCUGUUAGAAAUUCAAUUUGAAUGUUCCUUAAAAUGAUUGAGACAUUCUUUUUUACAUUUCUUUCAAAAAGCGAGAAUUUACAUUAGAUAUAGCUUUAUACCCUUUAAGAUAUUAAAAUUUAUUAUUUUCGAGUAAACAUGAAAUAUAUGUUCGCCUGACAACAAAAAUGAGAUCGAUAUGCGAGGAUGCAGGUGGUGAAAGUGAAAACUGAUAGGCGACUGAAAAAGCCAAUGUAAUUAUUUAUGUAUUGAAUAAUUAAUCAUUUCCCUUAGAUGUCAACAAAGAGCAAACUUUACUCUGUAAUCUUUGUAUUUGUAUA